CAGCGUAUCAUGUCCUUGCAUAGCGAUACUUCCGAAGAUUUAUCGCGCAACUCAACCGAGAUGGGACUGCCCCCAAUCAACUUUACCGACGACAAAUAUCCGUACUGCAUCGUCUGGACACCGAUACCGGUGCUGACCUGGUUUUUCCCGUUCAUCGGUCACAUGGGCAUCGCCAUGUCGAAUGGCGUUAUACGCGACUUUGCCGGACCAUACUUUGUGUCCGAGGACAAUAUGGGUUUCGGGCGGCCUACGCGUUACUUGCGUCUACAUCCAGCACACGCGUUUGGCGGUUCCCAGAACUGGGAUGAAUCGGUAAUUAAGGCGUCGGCUACGUACGGGGCGAGAAUGCACAAUCUGUUCUGUGACAAUUGCCACUCGCACGUCGGGAUGGCGCUGGCACUGAUGCGGUACAAGGAGUACAGCAACUGGAACAUGGUAGUGCUUGCGUUUUGGAUGUUUUUCAGAGGAAAGUACGUCGGUGUUCGGGGCUUCAUCAAAACCUGGCUACCGUUUCUCAUCAUAUUGACCAUUUGCGCACUGGUUGCGAUGUACUCUAAGUGGACUAUCUAAUAAGACACACGCUUUGGAGCAGAA